AUGGACCAAGCUGCGCUUGUCCCAGGAUAAGCCCUUCUCCCUUGUGUAUUCCGCCUCAGAGAUUAAUGGCGAUAAACCAACCGAAAUCCCUUGAAUGGUCUCCACCCAGGGCAAGGUCAGGCCAGGCCAAAAACAAAGGAUUAGGACAUUGGGCAGAAAUAUCUGGUUAUGGAAACGUUCCAGAAGGGAAAGGGGCGGUACCAGUGCUCUAUAAAUACCCCGGUCAUGUGCUUCCAGUGUUCAGUUCUCUGACCUCCUCAGUUGAGAGAAGUUUUGGAAAGUCAGUGUUGAUUUUGACUGUGAGUGGAAGGUAUUCUUGUGCACAGUUUCACUCAAGAACUCGAAGCGGGCUUGGAUCUCUUGCCAGUGAUAUCUAUUACAGUAGACAACGCUUCUCCCCACAGAAGACCAACUCUCAAAAGAUUCCACCAGUGCUCUUUUUUCACAAUAAGAGUUAUUCAGUGCUCGGAUAAUUGUGGCUCUUUGUGAACCGGAAGAGAAAACUCAUCGUCGCAACUGUGUUCAAGAGUUUGUGCUCCAGGUCAGUAGAUUUUCCCCCCACCUUUAAUUUUCUAAAUUAUCUACAGAUUUUUAUUUUACGGAUUCCUGCUCUGUAUCGCUCUUUUCGUCGUUGAUUUAUACUUAAUUUUCUCUCCACCCGGGCUACAUAGGUGCUAUUUUUUAGGCUCUGGUUAAGGAUAUUUGGUCUCUACUCUUCACUAACUGCAUUUGGGUUCAGUUUAGUUGAUUAACGUACUCCUCACAGACUUGAGACUAACUUACAUUCAUGUACACAAGAAUUUUGCCUUUAUUACAAGCAAACUUUGGAUUUUACUUAUUAGAUUAUAGUGUGUUCGGAAUUUUGUAAUUAUCUUAAAAAACGAGAGGUUUAUAACUACAUUUCUGUAAAUUAUUUGUUUCCAAAAUUUGACAUUUGUUGACGAUUAUAACCCUGACGAAACAAAAUUACUUGUUCCUGUCUUUUCUUUUGAUACUAUAAAUUCCACAUUCCAAUAUACUACUUAUUUUGUUUUGAUUUGUUACUGUUAUGUUCAAUGCUCAACAGUAUUGUGAUGAAUUUUAGGGGAGCUGUUGAGCAACCAUUUCUAAUGUCUGAUUGUAAUACCCUCUCGUGUUUCAGGAUGGCUGAGGGAAGCGCCGCGGUGGUGGUUUUGGUCAUUUUGUCCGCCGGAAUCCUCUUCUUCCCCUUGUUCUGCUUAUGUCAGCUCAUGUGGCAACAGUGUAAGGCGCUUUGGAAGAGGAAUGACUCCAAAAGGAACGUCUCGGGUUUUGUGGAUCACUCACCGGCUAAGUCUGCGCAUGCGCCAUCUGAGGCCGUCAUCCCAUCGCCACAAGACACCCCCGAUUCCGGGAACCUGGAACUGGAAGAGAUUCCAGCGGGAACAGACAGGACUGGAAGCGCUGCCGACGCCGAGACGAAGUCUCCUUCGAAUGACCAGUUGAAACAGGCAGAAGACUGUGUUGUGAUCGCCGUUGAACCUCAGGAGGAGAAAAAGGCCUUAAAUAAGGACAUCUUCAUCAAGGUCUUGCCUGUAGUACCAGAACCAGCCUCAAGUCAACCACCAGAAGCAUUCGUUUGAAUUCGCUUGCUUGAUCAUCAGUCACCCACCUGGAUUUAGGAAUAGAAUUGGAAGACAAAGUACAAAUCCAGUGUCAUGUUAGGAUUUAAGUUCUUAGCGAUUAAGAAUAAGUAUUUGAAGUCCAUUUGCUCUCUCUGUCUUUCGAUAUUCAAAAUGUUUUUACUUCUAGUUCUUGCCAGAGACAUUAUUCCCUUUUCCCUGCUUCGACACCUUAGUUCUACCUCCAAUCUUGCUCUCUUGAUACAUGUUUCUGUCUGCCUGUGUGUUUACCAUAUAUAUUUAUUAUACCUGUCUGUACCAUUUACUACUUUGUGAUACGGUGUAGUUGUUUAUUCCCUUGCAUCUCUGUUUAAAAAGUCAUUACUUGUGAUGCUAAAUUUGAUAUG